ACAGUGACCACCUCCCCGACCUCCACCCCCACCCCCACAGCCACCACCUUCUCCACCUCCACUCCAACCCCCACAGCCACCACCUCCUCCACCUCCACCCCCACCACCACGGCCACCACGGCCACCACCUCCUCCACCUCCACCCCCACCUCCACAGCCACCACCUCCCCCACCUCCACCCCCACCAGCACAGCCACCACCUCCCCCACCUCCACCCCCACCACCACAGUGACCACCUCCCCCACCUCCACCCCCACCUCCACAGCCACCACCUCCUCCACCUCCACCCCCACCAGCACAGUGACCACCUCCCCCACCUCCACGCGCACCACCACAGGCAUGACCUCCUCCACCUCCACCCCCACCCAGACAGCCACCACCUCCUCCACCUCCACCCUCACCACCACAGCCACCACCUCCUCCACCUCCACCAUCACGGCCACCACCUCCUCCACCUCCACCCCCACCAGCACAGUGACCACCUCCCCAACCUCCACGCCCACCAGCACAGUGACCACCUCUCCCACCUCCACCCCCACCACCACAGCCACCACGUCCCCCACCUCCACCCCGACCAGCACAGUGACCACGUCCUCCACCUCCAGCCCCACCCCCACAGCCACCACAUCCCCCACCUCCACAUCCACCAACACAGUGACCACCUCCCCCACCUCCACCCCCACCCCCACAGCCACCACCUCCUCCACCUCCACCCCGACCCCCACAGCCACCACCUCCUCCACCUCCACCCCCACCACCACAGCCACCACCUCCCACACCUCCACCCCCACCACCACAGCCACCACCUCCUCGACCUCCACCCCGACCCCCACAGCCACCACCUCCACCCCCACCACCACAGUGACCACCUCCUCCACCUCCAUCCCCACCUCCACAACCACCACCUCCCCCACCUCCACCCCCACCCCCACAGCCACCACCUCCCCGAACUCCACCCCCACCAGCACAGUGACCACCUCCUCCACCUCCACCCCCACCCCGACAGCCACCACCUCCCCCACCUCCACCCCGACCAGCACAGUCACCACCUCACCCACCUCCACCCCCACCACCACAGCCACCACCUCCCCCACCUCCACCCCGACAAGCACAGUGACCACCUCCUCCACCUCCACCCCCACCAGCACAGAGACCACGUCCUCCACGUCCACCCCGACCCCCACAGCCACCACCUCCUCCACCUCCACCCCGACCCCCACAGCCACCACCUCCUCCACCUCCACCCUGACCAGCACAGUGACCACCUCCUCCACCUCCACCCCCACCACGACAGUGACCUCCUCCACCUCCACCCCCACCACCACAGUGACCACCUCCCCCACCUCCACCCCCACCUCCACCCCCACCAGCACAGUGACCACCUCCCCGACCUCCACCCCCACCCCCACAGCCACCACCUUCUCCACCUCCACUCCAACCCCCACAGCCACCACCUCCUCCACCUCCACCCCCACCACCACGGCCACCACGGCCACCACCUCCUCCACCUCCACCCCCACCUCCACAGCCACCACCUCCUCCACCUCCACCCCCACCCCCACAGCCACCACCUCCUCCACCUCCACCCCCACCACCACAGCCACCACCUCCUCCACAUCCACCCCCACCACCACAGUGACCACCUCCUCCACCUCCACCCCCACCAGCACAGUGACCACCUCCCCCACCUCCACCCCCUCCAGCACAGUGACCACCUCACCCACUUCCACCCCCAACCUCACAGCCACCACCUCCUCCACCUCCACCCCCACGAGCACAACCACCACCUCCUCCACCUCCACCCCCACCACCACAGUGACCACCUCCCCCACCUCCACCCCCUCCAGCACAGUGACCACCUCACCCACUUCCACCCCCAACCUCACAGCCACCACCUCCUCCACCUCCACCCCCACGAGCACAACCACCACCUCCUGCACCUCCACCCCCACCACCACAGUGACCACCUCCCCCACCUCCACCCCCUCCAGCACAGUGACCACCUCACCCACUUCCACCCCCAACCUCACAGCCACCACCUCCUCCACCUCCACCCCCACCAGCACAACCACCACCUCCUCCACCUCCACCCCCACCACCACAGUGACCACCUCCCCCACCUCCACCCCCUCCAGCACAGUGACCACCUCACCCACUUCCACCCCCAACCUCACAGCCACCACCUCCUCCACCUCCACCCCCACGAGCACAACCACCACCUCCUCCACCUCCACCCCCACCACCACAGUGACCACCUCCCCCACCUCCACCCCCUCCAGCACAGUGACCACCUCACCCACUUCCACCCCCAACCUCACAGCCACCACCUCCUCCACCUCCACCCCCACCAGCACAACCACCACCUCCUCCACCUCCACCCCCACCACCACAGUGACCACCUCCCCCACCUCCACCCCCUUCGCCACAGCCACCACCUCCCCGACCUCCACCCCCACCCCCACAGCCACCACCUCCUCCACCUCCACCCCCACCACCACCGCCACCACCUCCUCCACCUCCACCCCCACCUCCACAGCCACCACCUCCUCCACCUCCACCCCCACCCCCACAGCCACCACCUCCCCCACCUCCACCCCCACCCCCACAGCCACCACCUCCCCCACCUCCACCCCUACCACUACAGCCACCACCUCCUCCACCGCCACCAGCACAGUGACCACCUCCCCGACCUCCACCCCCACCCCCACAGCCACCACCUCCUCCACCUCCACUCCCACCCCCACAGCCACCACCUCCCCGACCUCCACCCCCACAGCCACCACCUCCUCCACCUCCACCCCCACCACCACCGCCACCACCUCCUCCACCUCCACCCCCACCAGCACAGUGCCCACCUCCCCCACCUCCACCCCCUCCAGCACAGUGACCACCUCCCCCACCUCCACCCCCUUCGCCACAGCCACCACCUCCCCGACCUCCACCCCCACCCCCACAGCCACCACCUCCUCCACCUCCACCCCCACCACCACCGCCACCACCUCCUCAACCUCCACCCCCACCACCACCGCCACCACCUCCUCCACCUCCACCCCCACCCCCACAGCCACCACC